AUGAAUCAUUACUGUGUUGACUACAAAGAAGGGAAAAUUCCUUUUGCAAAAGAGGUUAUUCGCAUGUGGAAAUUGAAAGAGACCACAAAAACAGAUUCAGUUGAGCCAAAUAGAUACCAAGCUGGGUGCAAGGACAACUAUGUGGAAUGGACAUUGAGAUGGAUCCGCGAAGAGGAAGAGAGGAUAGCAGCCAACAAAGAAACUGCAAUCAAAUGUGUAAUUAUCGACAUGACAGGUGGGAAUGUUAUGGAAAAGUUGCAUGAAUCUAGUGCUCUUGAGGGCUUCGGAUUAAAUGGAAUAUAUCUAACUGUUUCUGAAGCAGUGGCUGAUAUCUCAUCUUUGUGGAAGAAUGAACCUGAAUUGUCAGACGUGAAAUAUGCAAAGAAGGUCGAGCAACUUGAGAAAUAUCUAGACAUCGUCAAAGAACAAAAUCAAUUACAAGCUUUGGUGAUCAUAGAUGUCAUUCAGCAACUUAGCCUCGACCACCUUUUCCACCAGCAAAUUCAAUUGAUUCUUGAGCAACAAUAUCUGAAAACUAAAACCGCUCAUUUCUAUCGUCAUUCUGAUCUUUAUGAGGUUUCACUUCGUUUUCGACUAUUAAGACAAGAGGGUUACAAUGUCCCUGCAGAGGUGUUCAACAACUUCAAAAGAGAGAAUGAAUCUUUUCAGGAUGAAUUAAGACAAGAUUUGAAGGGAUUGGUGGCCUUGCAUGAAGCCACUCAUCUCAUUAUUAAAGGAGAAGGCAUACUAGUUGAAGCUGCUCAAUUUAGUGGUGAGUGUCUAAUAAGAAAUAUGGUGUACUUAGAUGAUAAUCAGUCCAAUAUGGCUCGUCAAACAUUGCAACAUCCAAUCCACAAAAACUUGCCAAGGUAUUCCAUAAGGAGCUCUCUUGAAGAAUUUCAAGUGGGAGAUGAAUGGGAAGCUAUGCUCAAAGAUCUCGCAUUCAUCGAAUUUGGGAAACUGCAAUCCAUUUACAAAGAAGAAAAAAGUCAAGUUUUGAACUAAGUUUAAUGUGCUUUUUCUUUUUAACUUGUUGUCAGCUCAUAAAAGAAUCUUUUAAAUAUUUUUUUUAAAGCCAACUUGUAAUAAUGGACCAAUAUUGCUUAUACAAAAUCCUGCGUGGACAGUGUGUUGUCGCUUCUUAUUAGGGACGAGCUAUACCAAGUACUCUUGUCUAAGGGGAGUCAAUUGACACUCAUUCAUCGAAAAAUUAUAUUUGUGUAGAUAUGCCAAUAUUGUUUUUAGAAAGGGGAAAAAGAGCUUGUACCUACCUCCCUUUGAACUACAAUAUAUCCUAUCCACACCCCUUUAUCAUGUGUGUUUGUGAGAGCAGUUUGUGCUAGCGUUUUGGGCGCUCACCUUAUGGUUCUCAGUCCUCUUUCACCGAGAUUCCUUUUAAAUACUUAUAAACUAGUAUAUAUAUGUUGAAUCUCCUUGACUUUUAUC